AUGUCAUCUCAACAAUCCGAAAGAAUUGAUAGGUUAUGCGGUUUAUGUGAGAAAAAUUCAAGCAAAUAUUGUUGCCCUCGUUGCGAAGUAUUUUAUUGCUCACUUGAUUGUUACAAGUCCGAGAAGCAUUUGGAAUGUUCAGAGAAUUUUUAUCGGGAAUGUGUGAAUCAAGAACUUGCUUCCAACACGGUUGACGAUGAAGCUAAAAACAAAAUGAUAGACAUUCUUAAAAGGAUGCAUAACGAAAGCUUUGAUGAUGAUAUAGAAAACAUAGAACCAGUAGAAAUUGACUCUGAUGAUGAUUCUGAAAUUGAUUUGCAUACAAGGAUCAAAGAUUUGAAUUUAGAUGAUCCCGAUGCCCUUUGGAAUGCACUCACAUCUGAUGAAAAGAAUGAAUUUGAGGCCAUGCUCAGUCAAGGUGAUGUUGGGACACUAAUUCCACAGUGGCAACCUUGGUGGCUGUUCAGAAAGGAAAAGAAACUUGUUGAGGAAGUAGAUCUUAGUCGUGAAAAGGAAGCACUUGAAAGGUGUCCUACAAUUAAAGCAGUCCCUAAAUUUAGUACGCUGACUAGUAUUCAGCCUUCACCAUCAAUAAGGUUUAACAUGGCAAAUAUAAUAGCCGCAUAUGCCUUUGCUAUGAGAUAUGUUAAUGGGGAAAUUGAUCAUAAAGAAAUAUGUACAUACAUUCUUGAAGUGUGCAGUAAUCUGAAAACAAAUACUAAUUUUGAGGAUGCUGAGCUAGCUAUAGAGUCUGUCGCACAAAUGUGUAUACAAAGUGAAUAUAUAGACACAGAUGAAGCCAGUCUGAAUGUAAUGAGGCAUGACACCUUCCUUAUCCUACAAGGCCCUAGUGAAGAAAACCAUUUAUAUUACAGUAAAGCAGCAUUCUCACAUCUCUUAGAUAUUUUCACUGAAGCUAAGACGCAGAUGAGGAAAAACAAACCUAAAGAGAAUAAAAAUAAUGGCAAUUUUUCAAGAAAAUUUCCCCAAUGCAGUAAAAGUCAUUUACCUGAUAUUGAUACAUCUACUAUUAAAAAGAUCAUAAAGAAAUUGGAAUACUAUCUGGCAUUCUUAGAGAGCUGUGAUAAUAAAACGGAGUAA